GCUAACAAUCCCAUACUCCCCUCCCCUUAUGAGGCGUGAAAGAAAACUGUAUGGGGGAAAAUGGCGGCGCAGACUGAUCGAGGCAUACCUCUGAGCGCACUCAGUCCGAAAUUCCUGCACACGAAUUCCACAAGCCACACCUGGCCAUUCAGCGCUAUUGCAGAGCUUGUCGACAAUGCAUAUGAUCCAGAUGUCAGUGCCAAACAGUUUUGGAUCGAUAAAACGCGGAUCAGAAAUGUUGAUUGUCUGACGUUCAUGGACAAUGGAAACGGGCUGAUCUACCAGAAGAUGCACAAGAUGCUGAGCUUUGGCUUCAGUGAUAAGCAGACCAUAAAUGGUCACGUACCUGUCGGUCUUUAUGGCAACGGCUUCAAGUCUGGUUCCAUGCGCCUGGGGAAGGACGCCAUCGUAUUCUCAAAGACCCAUGAUUCCAUGUGCGUGGGCAUGCUCUCUCAGACGUACCUGGAGCAAACGAGUGCCAAUCAUGUGGUCGUCCCCAUUGUUGCCUUCAGACGCACGGGAAACAACUUGUUCCGGCCUGCACCAGAGCACUCAGCCAGUUUGCAGGACAUUCUAAAAUACUCCCUGUUUAAGAGUGUGCCUGAGCUAGAUUCUGAGCUUCGUACUAUCACCGCGAACGGAACCACGGCUACUAGCGGCACUCGUAUCAUCAUCUGGAACCUCAGAAGGUCCACAACAGGACAAAUGGAGUUUGAGUUCAACAGAGACAAAUAUGACAUCCAGAUCCCUCCCACUGUUUUUGAAAGUAACCGGGACAUGUACAAACGGCCUGAGCUGCCGAUGGAGUCACACCCAGAGAGUGAUUCUUCACUCCAGGCAUAUUGUAGCAUACUGUACCUAAAGCCCAGGAUGCAGAUCAUCAUAAGGGGACAGAAAGUCAAGACCCAGCUCGUCUCCAAGAACCUGGCCUACAGCCGGAAAGACUCCUACAAACCCAACUUUCUUACUGCACGUGUCCCAAUAACCUUUGGCUACAACACCAAAAGUAAAGACCACUAUGGUAUCAUGAUGUACCACAAGAACCGCCUGAUCAAAGCAUAUGAGCGUGUUGGCUGCCAGCGACAGGCCAACAUCAAGGGGGUGGGUGUCAUAGGCGUUAUAGAGUGUAACUUCCUCAAACCAACUCACAACAAACAGGAUUUUGACUACACAGACGAAUACAGGAAAACCAUCAAUAGUGUUGCGCUGAAACUUGAGGAGUACUGGAAAGAAAUUCGCUUUAAGAGGGAAAAAGAAGAUCCUACCAGCUUGAUUCCCUUGGAGGACACCUUCAAGCGUCCGGAUCAGAACUGGGUCCAGUGUGACAAGUGCCUGCAGUGGAGGAAGCUCCCCGAUGGCAUCGACCCAGAAAAACUCCCUACCCAGUGGUUCUGCCACAUGAAUCCAGACCCUCAGUUCAGGAGUUGCCACGUCCCGCAAGAAGCAGAGGAUUCAGACGAUGACCUCUCCUACCCAAAAACCUACAAACAACAUGAACGCCUCAGCAAGAUCCAUCAGGAGAGGCAGAAGCAACUGGAGGCGGAAGCGAAGAAGAAAGAGGAGAUGCAGAGGCUGGUCAGGUUGGCACAGCAGAAUGAGGAACUUCGACGGCAGCACGAGAGGCUCAAAAUUCAGCUCAGACAGACGAGUUCUUUCAGAGUGUCUGUGCCUCCACCACCGCUGAGGAGCGCCUUGGCAACUGCUCCCCACAGCUCCAGUACCCUCAGCCAAGCAGGCCCCAGCCCUUCGUCUCAUGGCAUGCCCAUCAUCUCUAGUGUCUGCUCCCUCUCCACUCCUACCAGAAUGAAGAGGAUGCAAACCUCGGUGCCUGACAGUGUAGAGGCAAAGAAAGCUCGAAGCAAUCAUCCUGGUAAAGCAUCAGAGGGCGCUUCUACAUCAUCGUCAGCAGCAGCAACCUGCCAGUCUCCUACAGUGGUCAUCCCUGAUGAUGAUGAUGAUGAAGAAGAUGAUGAAGAUUGUGCAAAUGGAAGAAUCAGCAGUGGUGACGAAGAGGACAUUGUCAUCGAUGAAACCAAAAGCACCCCCAAACCCAAGGCGCCGACCUUUGACAUCUCCAAAGUGAAGACGGAGCUGCGAGGUGUGAGCGAGGUGCCCGGGAUUCUCAUGGAGUGUUCUGACGACGCUGCCCCAGAGGUGCCAAAACUUUCGGCGUCAUCGUCUGCCGCGGCGUCGUCUGCUGCGGCGUCGUCUGCUGCGGCGUCUGCUGCAACUCCAACCCGCUCACCCUCAAGCCCAGAGCAUGGACAGGUCAGCACCACCACCCAAACGGAAGCCAGUGUCGAUAUUAAAGAGGAAAAGGAGGAAGUGAAAAGUACAAAAGAUACCAGAGAGGAAAACAGGCCAAACGGUGAGGAGGAGGAGGAGAGAACAGAUAUGGGUGUGUCGUCUUUCGCAGAAGAAGAGGCAGCAGCAUCGGCGAUGGACGUCGCACCAGAUAAGGAGGGGUGUUCAGCGAGCCCAUCGGGGAGUGAGGAAAAGGCUAGAGAAGGCAUGGAUGAUGAAGGAGACUCCGAAACAAAUGCAAUACAAGCGAGAGAGACAGAGCCACAGACUGAUGGAGAGAGGGGAUUGAUGGCAAUGUCACGUCCAACAGAUCCAAACCCCAGUGAGACUCCCUACCUCGCACAGGCUCAACUGCAGCAGGACCAGCUGAUGGAGCUCCUGGAGAAAACGGCCAAGGAGAGGGACACGUUCCAGGGCGAGGUGCACCAGCUCAUCGUCAAGGUGGAGGACCUGGAGCAGACCGUUCGCACGCUCACCCAGGACUCUGUGAAGAAAGAACCGAACCAUCAGGCUUGCCAAACGGACAAACGAGACGAUGAGAAGGAUUACACGAGUCUCCAACAACAAAUAGAGAGACUCCAGAAAGAGAGGGAUGCUCUGGCGGAAGAAAAGAGACAGUGGGAGAAGAACGGAGGGGAAGGGAGCAGCAGCUCGACACAGAAAGACCAAAAAGAGAAAGAGGGACCCUGUACCUCGCAGGUUGAGGUGGAUGAUGAAAUGGCCCUGCAGGUGGAUUCCUUGCUCAGGGAGCUGGACCAGCGGAACGCGGAGCGCGAUGAACUGAAAAACAAGCUGGACAGUCUUGAUGUGGAAAAGGCAGCUUUGGCGUCCCGGAUGGAGCAGCUGCAGAAAGAACUGGAGGACGUGAGAAAAGAUGGGUAUAGAAAUCCAGUUGGAGUAACAAAUGGCCAGCCGUCAGCCGUCGACUCCAGCCAACAGGAAGACAGAGUGGACACAGCCGGUGGGUCUUCCCCAAGCCAUCAGGCGCAGACCAAUGGCAGUGGAGAGCCGCGCCAGAAUGGGGAUGCAGAUGUGAUGGAGGUGGAGAGCCAGGGAGAGGAUGAUGCUCAGACGAGCAGUCAAACGCACAACAGCCCCCGACCUGGCAGAGAGCUAAAGCACAGGCUGAGUGAACUUCGGCGCAGUGUGGGCCGUCUCCUGGUCACGUUUGUACCUGCUCUUGACCUGAACCAAGUUAACUACAACUGCUCAGUCAUCGACGAAAUUCUAGACCAAGUUCUUCAAGAGAUCUCGCAGAGUGAGAAUGGGAUUGAUGCCUCAUAGAUUAGAAAGAGUAAACCAAAGCUUUGUUAGGAUAGAAAAAGAACAGAAUACUAACCCCAGCUAAAUGUAAAGCUUGAAACAAUUGAAACAAUAUGCUUCAUUUUAUAUCUGAUGAAAUGCAAAAAUAACAUUGUUGAAUGUACCUGGUUUUGAUUAUAUUGUACAUAGUUUUAUAUAAGUUUAUUUUUGUACUGCUGCAUAUUGGUUUGUGAUACAGAAGAAGCUGAACUUGCACUGUACUUUCUCUGAAGACAAAAAUGUAUGGUUUUUAUUUUGGAACACUAGAUAUCCAUUGGAUACUGAUGUUCAGAAACCCAUUCCUUAUGUCCAGUUAAAUUCAGAAACUUGUGCACAACUCAUUUCUGCCGGAUAUUGCAGGUUAUACAGUUGAUGAACAUGUUAAAUGGCUAGAAUUAUUUCCUUAAUAAAAAUAUGUUCAAGUUAAGAGAUCUAUUCUUAAAAUUUUAAAGUUAUUUGUAAUGAAGGGAAUAUUUUUUGCUUUAUCUCUUGGAAGUUAUCAUGUAGGCUAAGGGAUCUGUGCCUUGCAGAAGAAAUCAGAAUCAAAAGUUGGGUCCUGAACAAUAACUUGUAUUACCAGCUAAAAUGAAAAAUUGAAAAACUAACUUAAAUACAGUUUGUUCGUGUGUCAUCACACUGUUUUGGUCUUUGAUGUGAAUAUGAUGUGAAUAUUUCAGUAGUUGGUGGGUUCUGGGUUUGUAUGCGUUUACAGGCCCUCAAUCGGAGUGCUUUCUUUUAUAGACAUGCAAGUUCUGUAAAUGUUGCCAGAAGUUGGACUAUCAGUUAUUUUACAUUAUGUGUAAAUAAUGUGUAAUUUUAUAUUUUUUUAUUAUUGUUCAUUAGUUUUGCCUGAUGUACAAGUGGGUGUUAACAUGAGGGUACUGUAUAAAAUUGAGGAUUGAUAUAAAUAUAUUUCAUUUACACUUUUCUUAAGCAAUAACAAAAUGAGUGGCAAAAGAUCAUGUAUUUUGACUGUUUGUAAUGCUGAUAUUACACGGACAUGCACUUUUUGAAGUAGAACUUUCAACAAGGUAACGUCAGGGAAUGUCGGACUCCGGUAAUGCGACAAGCUAGUUUAUCAUAUUUAGACUACAGCACAUACCAGUUAUGAAUUUUCUUUUGUUGUCACACUUCGAGGGUAGAAGAUCCUUAUAACGUCUGUACGAUUGGUCACAAACGCAGGCUUGUUGCUAAAUAAAACGGGGCUUAGAAAGUA